ACAUGUGAGAAUCAAUUGCACUAACAUAUUGUGAAAAUAUUGAAUAAGCUUCAUAUAUAUUUUUGUGUAUGUAUAUACAUGUACAUGCUACCAUAUAUAUAUACAUAAACAUACGUAUGUUUCUUCUUUUCUUGUGCUAAGGAUUAAACUGAGGCUUUAUGCCUGCUAAACACAAAGUCUACCACUGAGCUGUACCCCAGCCCCAUUUUUUUUUUAAAUAGAUGAGGUUUUAUUGUCUUGCUCAGCCUGACCACAAACCCCUGAGCUCAAGUGACCCUCCAGCCUCCGCCUCCAAAGUGUCUGGGACUGCAGGUGUGAGCCUCCAGACUUCCUGCUGAUAUUUUUGUAUUUGUUUCAGCCCUCUAAUUCCACUCUGUCUUCAUUGAUCAUUGUAAAUUGACCAGAAAAACUGAUGUUUGGUUUUAUAUAUGUAGAUAUGCAUGUCCAUAUUUAAUAGGUUGAACUUUUACAUUUAAUUUACUCAAAAUCUUAAUAUAGAAUAAUUUUAUCCAUUUAAUUGAAAUGAAGCAAGUAACAUAAGUGAUUUUAUUUUAUUUUAUUUUAUUUUAUAUUUUUGGUUUUAUGAGCCAAGGUCUUACCAUAUAGUUCAGACUGGCCUGGAACUCAACUAUGUACCCUAGGCAGGCCCCAAAUUCAUGGCAGUCCUCCUGCCUCAGAUUCCCAAAUACUGGGAAGCAUAAGUGAUUUUAAUUUAUAAAUUUCCUAUAUUUCCUUUUUCUAAAAUUCUUUUUUGUUUUUGUUUUAGGCUUUUAAAAUUUAAGUUUAUGAGUACAUUUUAGGCACACAUAAUGAUCACAUUCAUCAAAGGGACUUGUACCUAUACAUGAUUUACUUUAUUUUUUUGCCCCAUUUCUCUACCCUCCCUUUAACUCCUCUUCCCCUCCUUUAUAAAAGCUUUGUUUCCAUUUUUUCCUUCUUAUUUCUUUGUCUUUUCCCUUCCUUUUACCCUCCCCACUCCCUGGUUCCUCUUCCCGUUUGAACGUUUUCUUCCUGUUACACAUUUUGGUCCUUAUUUACACUUUCAGUUCCUCAAACUAGAGAAACAGUGCAAUUUAUUUCACUUAAGAGUAUGCUCUAAAGAUGCAUCCAUUUACCUAGAAAUGUUUGAAAUUUGUCUUUGUGACUAAUGCUCCAUUGUAUAAUGUUUCUUAUGUUUGAUUUUUUUUUUCUUUGAGUCAAGGUUUUGCUAUUAGAUCGGGCUGGUCUUGAACUCAUUAUGUGGCCAGACUGGCCUGGAGCUCUCAGCAGUCCUCUUGCCUCAGAUUCCCAAGUACUGGGAUUAUAGGCGUGCUCCAUCAUGCCUGUUUAUCAUGUUUGAAAGGAGGUGUUAGGUCCCAGAAAGCAACUGUUACACUUGAAGACAAACGAAUUGGAGAAAGGCCAGAAAUAAUUUAUCAUGUAAUUCACACUAUUUUAUUGGGUUCUCUUGCAAUGGUUUUAGAAGGCAGUACAGUUUUGCUACAAGCCCAUCAGUAUGAAGGCUUUUAUCCUCAUUUGGUGGCUUUCCUGUCUUAUUGAACUUUGGGUGACACUUUUCAAGUGGCUUCGAUUAAGACUGUGCAUCCAGUGUUGUUGGCUCUUAUUCUGAGCAUGGCUGUGCCCGCCAUAAUAGGUCUCAGUUUAUGAAAAGAGUUUUUUCCCAGAUUAAUGACAGAGUUAACGGAACUACAAGAAUUCUAUGAUCCAGAUACAGUGGAACUUAUGACCUGGAUAAAGUAAGAAUUGUCCAAUACUAUUCUUUUUUUUUUUUUUGUCUUUUUCCUUUUUAUCGGUACCAGGGAUCGAACUCACGACUGCCUGCUUGCAAGGCAGGCACUUAUGCCGCUGAGCUAAAUCCCCAGCCCCUCCAAUACUAUUCCUAAGCUAUUAAAUUUAGCUAUUGCUAUGACAUGCUAUCCAAUGGAUUCAGGGGAAAGAAAUCAUUUUCCAAAUUCCCAUAAAACUCAGAAAUUUUAUUUUGCGUUUUUAGGGGUAUUUAGUUUUUUGUUUCUUUGAUUGGUUGAUUUGGCUUGGUUUUUUGAGACAGUAUCUCAAUAUGUAACUCAGACUGGCCUUGAACUCACAGUAAUCCUCCUGUUUCAGCCUCCAAAGUACUGAGAUUAUAGGCAUACACCCCCAUGCCCAGCUAGUGUUUUAGUAGACUUUGUAUUUCUAAUUUCCUAAUUAAACUCACCUUCAGGGACUUGAACAUGCAAUAUUGGUAUGAGAUUGAAUUCUUCCACUGUCAAACCCCCAGAAAUAUGGAAUUAAAACAAGUAGGGUUUUUGUUGUUGUUUUUUGUUUUUUUCAUUUUGAGAUACCAUCUUGCUAUGCAGUUUAGGCUGACCUUGAGCUCACUUUAUAGCAAAGGCUAGUUUCAAACUGGCAACGAUCCUCCCACCUUAGCCUCUUGAGUGCUGGGAUUAUAGGUGUGUGCCACCUAGCCCAACAGAAUAGGUAUAUUUUUAUUUAGAGAGUCAAGAGGAUGCUUCUUUUGCUGUGAGUUUCAGGAGAUGGGAGUAGUUGAUGUUCUUGAUAGCCAGGAUGUUUAGAUUUUAAUUCCCAGGUGGGAGAAGGGAUUGGUCUUGGGCCUCUGACAGCAGAUGAUAGAAAUGAGAAUGCUCUUCAACAUCAGGGACUCUGAAAGGUAUCCUGUCGGUGAAGGCGUGUAAAGGUACCACUAGGUGGUAGAAAAGAAAUGAUAGACUGAGAAAUAACCUAACAAUAGAGCACUUCUUUGUUCAAUCCUUAGUACUGCCCAAAACAACAAGAAAGUUUAUUCUUGCCACUGUCCAGUUAUUUUGCAUUGUUUUAACAGCAUUAUUGCUACCUAUCACAGGUGUUUAUGAUUUUCUCCCCGUACAUCCUCUUUUCAAAAAUGUGUCUUCAACACUGAAAACACCUCUUGUCAUAUGGAAUGCAGGUUUGUCUUAUUUUGUUUUGUUUAAGAUGAAUCCACCAAUGAAAUGAAAACUGAUUGAAAUUGAAGUGUAUUUUACAUUGUAAGUUUUCUGGUGUUUUGGAGUUGAUAUAAAUUAAUGAUCUAACUGCAUAUUACUGUUUCAUGGUAUAAAUCGUUUGGCCCUUUGCAGACGACAGGCUCCAGUUGCAGCUGUGUUUACAGGGAGUCCACAGUUAAUGGGCACUAUUAAAUUGUGCACUGGAUGGAUGGUGACAAGCUUGCUUCUCUAUAAUGAUGAUGAUCUUCUCAAGAGAAAUGAAAAUGCCAGUUAUUCUCAACCUGAGAUGAUUACGUCCCCAGUUGACAUUUGGCAACAUCUGGAGGAUACAUUCUGGUUUGGCACAGCAGAUGGUGGGGAUCUUCGGUAGAGACCAGGAGUCCUGGAAGACAUCCUGCAGUGCCUGGAGCAGUCUCCAUUCUAUCCCAGCAGAGAGCUACCUGGCCACAGUGUUGGUGCUGCUGAGCUUGAGAAGCUGUCCUGGGCUGUCAGCCAUAUCAUUGCCAAUACAUGGAAAUGUUUUUAGUGCCCAGUGUGUGUUACAGUUUCCUUAAAUUUAUAUAUGUGUAAACAACCAUCAGUGGGUAUAGGCUGGAUAAGAUAGACCCAUUCCCCUUGAAACUUACUUAGCACAACUAGCUGAGCAAGCACCUCCCUUCUGAUCUGUUAACAUUCUGACAAUUUUCCUUGUCAGUGGAUAUUGAACCUGAUGGCCCCUAAAAACCUUCAUCCAUGACUCAAAGCAGCACAAACUACUGAGUGUUCUUCAAGUAGUUUGGAAUCCUGUUCAGGCUAGAUUUUAAGUCUCCAUAUUUGCAAGACAAAAGGUAUUCCGUACUUAAAGAGUCGGCAAACGUAUUGCCUUGCAUAUAUGAGGCCCUGGAUUUGAUCCUCAUCACUCAAAAAACAAAAGUCUACCCAGACAAGACCUAAUUCUGACACAAACAUCUCUUACCUCUUGCCCUGUUGUUUUUAACCAUAAGAUAGAAAUCUAAAUAAUUAGGAAUUUUUAUUUUUUUAUUUUGAAGGGAAUAAAACAAAACAUUAAAAUGGGAUAAUACAAAGCAGUGAAAAUGACACAGAAUUUCAAAAACAAGACAGAUGGAAAUCCCCCAUAGUUGCUUUAAUGCAUAUUGUUAUCCUCUGAACGGAUGCUACCAGCCCCAGUCCUGCAAAUGGAUCAGUACAAGUAUUAAGUUGUUUCAUGUAUUCCUCUGAAUCAGGAAUCAACCGGUUGUUUAUACAGGACUGGGGAGGCGGUAGUGUGGGUGGUAAUGGUGGUGGCUCUUCUUGUGUCCCAUCCCACAUAUCAGCUGGCUCCCGAGAAAGGAAGGACUGGCUGCUUGCAAGGCAGGCGCUUAUGCCACUGAGCUAAAUCCCCAGUGCCCCCCCCCAUCCAUUCUUAAUAGUCUUUUGGAGACAAAUGUAACAGUUGAUUCUGCCACUCUAUUUCUGAUGGGCAUUUGAUGAUACCCAGUUGUCUUAGUAGAUGGUACAUUUCUAAAAAAUUAUACAAGCAGGGAGAUCUUUUUCAAAUGUGAAUGGGGAUAAAUGAUGGAGCAAAGGAAAACAGAGUGGGGAUAAAAGGAAUGGAAAAAAGAUUGAAGAAAAGAAAACACAAGUAGAGAUUUUGCAAGUAGCAAAUGGACAAAAUGAGAAAAUAAUUCAGAUGUGUUAUGCACAUGUACCAGCCCACCACACUAAAUAUAAUCAUUAUGAACGAGCAAAAAUUAGAAAUUAUACAUUUUUCCAGAUUAUCUAGUCUGCUGAUAUAUAGUGGUCCAUACCACUCUCAUAAUCCUUUUAUUUCUGUGGUUUUACUUUUUGAUCUUAAGAAAGUUUCCAUCUAUUACUAGGUUUCUAAAUUUUGUCUCUAGUUUUUGAUUUUGUCAAAUGUUUUGUGCUAUUUCUGUUGAGCUAAUCAUAUUUUUGUCUUUAGCUUCUAAUGUGAGUUAUACAGCUUUAUAUUUUUAACAUUAAAGCACCAUUUUUAUAGACAUCACUUACGCACAAUGUAGUUACAGUUUUAUGCCUGACUAGAGUGGCUUCACUAAAAUUUUCUUUCUCAUUUUCAUAUCUAUGCUAAGAAGAGGUGUGCUCUGUUCUUUUCCUAUCUCAUAAUGUCCUUUUCCAUAUUUAAUGUCAAAGUUAUACAGGCUUUGAAAAACAUAUUGGAUGUUCUCUACUUUUACAUUCUUGGGGAAGAAUUUGUAAGCAUUCAAAUGUGGAUUUUAAAAAGUUAUGAUAGAACCUAGCCAGAUGGGAAGGUCCUUGUGCAGCGAUUUUAAUUGGCACAAAAUCUUUUAUAGAUAGAAAAGUACUAAGAUUUUCCUUUUUUGUGUCAGAUUUUGAUAUGAUACAGGGUAUAAUUAUUCAUUUUGAAGUUUCAGUGAUCUUUAGAAUUUAUUUGUAAUAUGGGAAUAAUCUAAUCAAUACUCUAGCUCCAAAAUUUCUUGGUAAGAUUUAGCAUUCACGCUUCAUUUUAAAAAUUAAAGUAUCUAUGAUGCUGAAGCAAAGAGUGCAUUAAAAAUUAUAUAGACAUAGGGUAUAAGAUAUUGCUUAUAUUUAUUCAAAAAUGUAAACCUUGGUAUAAAUGCCUGCUGUAAAUAUCAUAACUCACAUAGGUGUUUUAAUAUAUUAUAGAUAAUAUGUAGUAUUACUUUAUCACAUUUGUUCAGUAUGCUAAUAAAACUCUUAAAACAUAAAAUGGGGUAUAAAUCAGAAAUAAAUUCACAAGGAUUUAAAGGGAGAAAAAUGGUGUUUCUGUCUAUGUUCGUUAAAAUUUGUGAUGACACACAUUCAGAGAACAUUAAAAUUGUUAUUAGCAUUAAUUAUUGAAUGUAGGAGAUAUGUGGCAACAUUAUUACCUAAAAUUCACAAAAUUUAUAUUUCUAUACAUAGGUAUUAAACAGAAAAUAGAUCAUUUUUAAUGUAUUAUUUCUAACAGAAACAACAUUAAUAAUUAAGAAACUAAUUUACCGAUGUGUGCACAAAUGCUUGGAAAAAUUUAAACUUAAAAUGUUCUUUGAAUAAAAAUACAGAUAUAUCAUGUUUAUUGGGAAGAUUAUUGAGAAACUUAUUGUAGACAUAACAAGUUCAUAAUUAUUUUGUGUUACAAAUUCUAAAUUUUUUAAUUUGCAUGAAUUUUAAAGACUUCAAAAUCACUGAAAAUCUCAGCAUUUUGUGGCAUUGCAUCUCUUAAUAUGUAACAAGAUAGUGAACCUAGAAAUAAAUCACACACUUACAGCUACAUGACUGCUUUCCAAAACACAACACUGGGAAGAACAUUCUUUCGAAGAAAUGGUGCUGGGAAAUCGGAUGCCCACCACACUGAAGAUAAUCAUUAUGAAUGAGCAAAAAUUAGAAAUUAUAUGGUUUUCCAGAUUAUCUAGUCUGCUGAUAUAUUAGUGGCCCAUAACACUCUCAUAAUUCUUUUAUUUCUGUGGUUUUACUUGUUGAUCUUAAGAAAAUUUCCAUCUAUUACUAGGUUUCUAAAUUUUGUCUCUAGUUUUUGAUUUUGUCAAAUGUUUUGUGCUAUUUCUGUUGAGCUAAUCAUAUUUUUGUCUUUCGCUUCUAAUGUGAGUUAGGGUUAGCUUUAUAUUUUUAAUAUUAAAGCACCAUUUUUAUAGACAUCACUUACACACAAUGUAGUUAGAGUUUUAUGCAUGAUUAGAGUGGCUUCACUGUGACCCUCUGUUGCCCUGCCCUGAGUCCGUGUGGCACCAUAAACCAUGUGUAUGAAGUGCACAGUGGCAGAGGCCCAUUUGCUUCAUUGCUGGGUGCUAAACAUGGAGCAAGAGGCAGGGUGAGGUCGCAGCCUCUCCUUCAAGGUUGCAGUGCUGUGACCUGAGUCCUCCAGGAGAUUCCACUCCCCAUUUGGGCCUGGGUUGAGGACCAGCCCUGCACCACAUGGGCCUUCUGGGACAUUCAAGGCCUGAAGUACAGCAGGCUCUCUCUGGGCACUUUUAUGACAGUGUGGUUUGUCACCCAGAUGGGAAGUGUUCUACCAGAGGCUUCAGAAAAUACCAACAUGACUGCCUGUGCCCCAUCCCUCCAGAAAUAAUUAACUGGGUAGGAAACAAAGGAUCACAAACACGUGUGUUGUUACCCAAGAGUGUGAGCAUUGUUCUGAGGAAGGGCCUGAAUAAAGGUGCACUGUUGUGUCACCGUCUGGGCUUCCGGUCUGAGACGUGCAACAGCAGGGAGGGAGAUGUGUAGGGACGACAGGAUGGCUGUGCCAGAGGCAGGGCUGUGGCCCAGGAAGGCGCCUCUUGCCUCGGGUGCUCUGUUGGUCCUUGUGGUCUAAGAGCAGGGAAGGCAGAGUCCUGAGGUGGGCUAGGUCUGAGACGACUCACCCUUCAGAGAGUGGGAGAUCGGGAAGUUGGGAGACACAGGCUCAUUGAAACAGAUGGUGGUUCAGGGACUUGCUGGUCUCCAGAGGUGCAUAAUAGGGCUGUGAGUUAGGUCGGUGUGACCUGGUGACAAAAGACAGCCAAGAAGCACUCGCUUUCCAAGUUGCGAGAAGCCAGAAUGUCAGUGUCGGUCAGGAGCAGUGGCCCCUCGGCAUCAGGAAGCUGGGAUUCCUGAGAGCCCAAUGCAGUCUCAGGUCCCAGAGCAGGUCUCAGGGAAAGUUCUAUGCAUCUGGCAGCCCAAGAUGGACACUGGAUUUGGAAAGGGAUGUGAAGGGCACUUUUCCCAUGAUGCACAGGGUUGGACUGGCCCAAGGGAAAAACUGACAGUUUGGUUUCUCAGAGCCAGGACUCAACUAAGGUUCUGAGUUGGAGUGAAUUUAUAAUCGGUAUAAUGGGAAGGAAGGUACACAGCUGGGUGUGCGCAGUGUUCCAGCUGUAGACCUGUACGAGCUGUGCCAGAACUAUAGAGUGAAUUUUUACAUUUUUUUAAACAUCCUGUUACCAGGAAGGCUGCAUUGCUGUGAACCCCCCUCAGGUCUCCUCCUCACUCUGAAUACACUCAUCCCAUCCUUCUUGCCGCUGUCUGAAGCAGCUCUGGGAGUCCUCUUUCCUGAGUGUCUUUGUAUGGCAGCCUCGAUACCCUAAAUUAAUGUAAAGUUUUUCGAGCAAUCUUUGUCACACAAAAACAUUAGCUGGCCUGCACGCACCUCAUUCACUGGAUCUGGCACGAAGCAACUUCUGGAUCUUCCUGCCAGGUCAACGUGACCACAAAAGGGAAGUAUUUUGAACCAGUGCAAAACACUGAGGUGCCCAGGAGAGCACAACUAAGGAUGCCCAGGAUGCAAGAAAUCCGGGGAUGCUGCAGAAAGUGGAGGAUGGGAUGAGUAUGUGGAGAGCAUCGGAGAGUAUUUCUCAAUUUCUCAGGAUUCAUGGCAGUGUGUUUUUACUGUAAUACAUUUAAAAUUUAACUCCAGCACAUAUGCAGAAAGUAUAAUUGGAGACUGGAAGAUGAGAUAUUUUAAAAAAUACUUUAAAACGGGAAAAAUGAGAUUUGCUACAGUGAUGAGCCUUGCAAAAACAAUUAUCUGUGCCUCAUUUGAGAAGGUUGCCAUUGCUUUUCAUUCUCUUGACUUUCUCAUACAAAAACCUACUUGUCUAUGAAUUAAUGCUGGAAUUUUUAUUCUAUGCAAGGGCCAGGAUGAUUCUGAAAGUGCUGUGAAGUCUGCAAAGUGCUUUGUACAGUAGUGUGAUUGCAAAAGUGCAAACUAUCAGACACGAGGGCACUAACUAUCCCACCCCAGGGCACUAACUUGGAGCUGACUCAAAGCCAGGCUGUUACUGGGACUUUCCCUGCAUUUCCUGCACCCUGGCUGACACGUGGUAUUUCACUGCCUUGUUUUCCCCCAGUGCUUUGGGCUCCUGGGGGUGAACAGAGGUGAAAAGAGCAUGACCUUCAGGAUGCUGAACAGUGAUGUCCUCCCAAGUUCAGGCUACACUGUCGUAAGGACACCCAUGGGGUAAGAUCCAGCUGGAAUCUUUUUUGCCACCUCACGAGAUAAUGAUUCAGCUCAGGGAAUCCUGCAUGAUAAAAUCCGGAGCAUCGUCUUCUUCUCCCUGCAGAUCUCCCCUCCAGUUGCUACUUCCAGGCUGAGAAAAGAGUAUGAAUGUGUGGGGUAAAGGUCCAGAGGUUAUGUCACAGAGCAGCUGAGUGGGGACUCCCUCCCAGGCUGCCCCAGCAUGCACUGGAGGCCCAGGCAUGUAAAUCAAACAGCAGUACACAGCUGGGGCUGGGUCUCCCUCCUUCUCCUUUGGAUAAAGCCUGCCAAAUGCCCACAUCUAAGUGCGGGCCCAAACGGCUGCAUGGUUCAAUGUUGGUGCCCUGGUACCCUCUUUCUGGUAGUCAUGGCUGCACUGGGCUGGGAGCAGCACACAUAUUCAGUCCACAGGCAGCAGAGUCUGCAGGAACAGGAAGAUGUUCAUUCCCUUUGUUCUGCACAUGCGUGUGUGCUGCACACCCAGCAGAUCUGUGUAGGCUCUGUGGGCAACACACACUCACACACAUGCACACACACAGUGUUACUCCUGUGCAUCACCCUUAAACCACGUCUUUCACUCAUGUUUCCCACAACACAUGAUUCCCCCUGAACCUUAUGAGACUCCCCCUGGGGAUGAAUUCUUCGCACUUCUUCCUGGGUGUGUGUGGCCCUCUGUCGGUGUUUUUCUGACUCCUCUGCUCCCCUCCAGCUGCCCUGAGCACUCUUGCAGCAGAGCUCCCCAGCUCUGUACCUCUCAGUGGUUGGAUUUGCUGCUUGACUCUUGUGGCCAGUUUGCCCCGUAGGAACCAGACUCAGUCUCUGAGUUUCUUCCACUGUAACUUCGCUGCUGUCUUUCCACAGCUCCUCCACCAGCCACAUUCAUAUGGUCCUUCCCGAAUGUCCCCACUGCCCACGCUGUUUUCCAUAUGGGGAACAAGGCGUGGACCUUUCCUCUGCCAGAACAAAACUUGCCGUAACUUGGUGCCUGUUUCAGACUCUGUGGAGCUGUGUGAGGAAAGCUCUGGGUCAUCAGGGCAUUUUGACCUUGCUACCAAUCUUACUGGAUUUCAGAGUCUGUUUACCACAGACAAGAGACUCGUUCCUGAAGAGACUUGGAGAAUAUUGCUCUAGAUUCAUGUUUUUUUUUAUGUAUGAGCUCAAAUACAGUAACUGAAUUUUUUUAAAAAAGCAUUUAUUGUGUGCCUUUGAGGUGUCAGGAAUCAGGUGGACAUAAAAUUGCCCUUAAACCUAUGACCUAGUGUCAAUAUUUGGAUAUUCUCUGCCAGUCUAAUUUAAAUAUGCAUACAUACCUGUUUACCUCUAAUUUCAUCAGUUAUAUGGGUUUGUUUGUGUAAAUUUAGGUAUUUGGGUGAUGAGAUAUGCAUAUUUCAAAUACCAAUUGAAAUGAUAAGGAUCAUCCUUGGUAUGUCACCCCUAUUUGUUGUGCUAGUAGCAGUCCUACACCCUCCUCUGUGGCUGAGAUUAGAAGUUGUGAUGUUCAUGAGUGGGUGGGGAGACUUUCCCCUGUUCUCUGCGCUGCACUAACUUGAGUUGUCUGCCCACCUUUCUGUGUCCUUUGUGCCUGUCGCCGUCCAGUUCCUUGGUCCUUUGUCACCAAUGCUGCUCUUUUCCCCUUAAUACAGGGACUCUGGGUUCUCAUAGGAACUGAGCUUUUGUGUGGUUUACAUGUUUUAAAUGUUUUUAUCAGUUGCACCUUUUAUUUUAACCUUGUUUUAAAGAUUUAUAUAUGCAGACAGUCUCAAUUCCAAGCAUGUCAUUUUACUUUGUUCCCUGUUUGACUUAUUGCUUUUUCAAACUUAGGAAAAUUUUUGCUUUCUGAGAUCAUAAAACUGCCCUCCAUAUUUCUGUUUCUUUUUUAAGGAGCAGAAUAUAUUUAUUGAGAUAAAGAAGGCUUCUGUCAGAAAGAGAGAGACAGAAGGGUACCGAGUGCAAUGCCAAAGAGUGUCUCUUUUCUAGGGACUUUUAUAGAGCAAAACCAUGAGGUGAGGGGGGUUUGGGUAGGGAUAACAUGGGAACUCGCAAGGUGGGCAUGAGGUGGGGCAAAUCUGUGGUCAACCAAGAAGAUUAAUUGCACAGGUCAAAUUGAAUAAAUUGGGGACAAAUGGGGAAGCAAGUCACAUAACAAGCUGGCAUGCUUAAAGAGCAGUGACUCUUCCUGUAGAGGUUUGGGGUGGUGGCUCCUGGCUUCCUCAGGGUGACAGAGACCUACUUAGAAUAUCAACUCCUGAUGCUUACCCAUAGGAAGUAUGUAGGUAUAAUUGCUUGAUCUUUUGUCUUGAGGUCUGGUCCACAUGAUUUGCUGUGACUCUUAUUCCUAACCAUAAAGUUAGGGCUUGACAUUCCAAAUCUUAUCUAAUAGUUAUGAUGAGAUUGGGAAGAGGAUAAGUGUUACCCAGAUUUCACUAACAAGGAAACUGUGGGUUAAAAAAUUGUCUCACCAGAAGUCAAAGUUCUGUAAAGAGUUGGGGAUAUUUCACUUCUAAAUUGUGUGUUCUUCCCACCUGCUGUGAAGAACAUUGUGAGAACUCUAAAAGUGGCUGCAUUCUACGAGAGAGAAAAUGUCAGAUAUAAAAAAGGAGAGUGGCAAGAGAUGAAAAUAUGUCUUUUGAAGCAACUGACAAGAUGAACAUAUUACAGAGCAACAUGUGUUUCUGUGACAGUUGUUAUUGUAGCUAUCUUUCCUUGAAAAUUUGAACACUCAAAGUGGGUUAAGAAGGCAAGACUUACAUACAACACUUAGCACAGUAUACAGUGUCAGUAGAGAAGUAAAGUGUCUGUGGAGAAUGUAAUUAGAGUCAUCCUUCCACGGAAUAAGGGACAGAGAUCCUCAACAAAAGUCUUCAUUUUUAUCCAUGAAACUCUAGAGUAAUUGCCAUUAAAACAAACACACAGACAAAAGUAUCAAUGGCAUUGUUUACUUUUGAUCUCUAAAAUUUAUACACCUGAUAGAAUGACACAGGUUAGAAUAGUAUUAAUAUUUAUAUAGCUACUGUUAUUUUUGUCAGAUGAUGUAUUCAAAAUGUUGAAGCAAGUCAACUAUGGAAUAAUGAAAACUGAGGUGAGCAGACAAAGAUAAAGUAAACAUACUCAGAGCAGGAGGCCUCCUGUGUAUCUGCAGUACUGGUUAGAAGAUCAAGUGGAAAGACCAUUGUGAUAGUAACAUAAGUAUUUAAACUACUUAUAAAUAGCACUGUAGAGAUCCACGGUCUGCAUCUGUGUUAAAAUCUAGACAGUGUUGUUUUUGAGCAAUAGGCCUGAUUGAGUACACAGUGGGAAAUGUUCCAUGGCACUGAAUAGAAAGACUGACGUGUGCCUGUGUUACUCUUACCCACCUAGGUUAGCAGUGUAAUUUUAAUUGACAUUGUAGAGGACAAGAGGAGGCUGAACCCAGAAGUUGUGCAGUUUAUAUUAAAAGAUGAAUAGAUGAUUUAAUCAUGACAUUUUUGAAAAACAGUAGAAUUGCUUUGAGAUAUUUCUCAGCUUUAUAUGGAUUCUGUAAUAAAAUAGUGCCUUUCUUUUUUAACAACUUAAGUGAUAGGACAAAAAAGAGGGCAAUAGAUAAGAACCUAGGAGAGUACAGUGCAUACAAAUUCAAUUUUUGUUCGAAGGGAAAAGGAAAACCAAGUCAUCAAAGUUUUCUGAGACCAGCAUUUACUAGGAUGCAAGGAAAACUAGAAAUAAUGAAUUCAUAUAAAUAUUGUUUACUCACUGAGAUCAUUUUUGUAAACAUUGAGUUAAUGUAACAUUCAUGACAAAUGCUAUGAGUAUAUCUAAAUGUGAGUCUUAAAGUUUGUCUGCAGGUCAUAUUAAAUUUAUUUUUUUUUUAAUUUAAAGAAAAGAAAACAAAAAAUACAUGGAGAUUAAAAAAAGGGUAGAAAUAAUACAAAAUUACAGAAAAACAAACAGUAAGAAAUUGCUGGUUGAUAAGUUACACAUUGUCAUCUUAGAAAUAGCUGUUCAGGUUAUAGAAUUAAAGUAUUUAGAAUGACAUUCAAAAAGUGACACUACAAAACGUUCUGCUCUAUGAUCGAACAAAAGCUCAGUAAUAUGGUUAUCAGUCCUACACAUUUGUUUUACAUCUCAAAGAGGGUAAGAUUAAACAUAUCAAUACAGAACAAAACAAUUUAAAGAAAUACAGAUUUCAAAGCAAGUCCACUGGAGAUCUUCACUGUCUAUCUAACUGUCUCUAGUUUCUUACAAAUAGUUGUCCCCAUCUGCACCCACUUUAUAUACUUAUUGCAUAUUAUAGAACUAAUCAAAUCAUUACAGGAUGAUGAAGGCUUUUUAGGUCCUCAAGUUCCAAAUUAGGGAAGACAAUAAUAACAACCAUCACAUCUCUCAUUCUCUUUGUGAUAGCUGUCCCCAUCUCUACAUAUAUGCUGAAAUUGAACUCAAGAAACCAGCCCAAUGUCAUUCUAAUCAGUGAACAAUAGUAUUGCUAGAAUUUAUAUCAUAAUGCUACAAAAUUAGCCUCGGGUUUCUUAGCAUCUCUUCCUCACAGUAUCUGUUUAUUACAUCUUGCAUUAUAUAAUCUGUUCCUGUAAAUAAUUUACAAAAAACCCAUGUGUGAAUUUCUGCAUAUAUAUCUAUCCUUUCUGUAUUAUAGGGAAAACCAAGUCGUAGCAAGACAGCAAAAUAAUUUCCUAGAAAAACAUGCAAUGGAUAAGACAUAUAAGACCACAAUAUAGAUGAUCUUCCGUAGUGACUAUGUUUUCUCUUGUUAUUUUCAAUAGAUUUGACCACAACACUGGCUUAUUAUAGUUAAACAUUUUUUAUAAAAACUUAACUUUGACAGCAUUGUAGAAUUUGAGAGCUGUUACUAGUUAAUACCAGUAUGGAUAUCCUUUACAUCUUGUCAUCUUCAGAGUAGUUGCCUCUACUUUUAGGGUUGAUACUAACAAGCAUACCAAAUUCAAAUAAGAUCAGCCAAGGCCAACCCAUAGUCUUAUGAUUCAGAUUCGAUUAAGAUCAGUCAUAGUAAGACAAUGUAAAUAAUACAGGAUUUCAGUUUAAGUUAAUAGGAAAGUAAGGAUAGUUACCAUGGUAUAACCUGCUAUUUUUGGGUCAAGAUGUCUGUGCCCUCAAAUCUGACAUGAGUGGACAUACCAGAACAAAAUAAAUUCAAACUAAAUAUGGCGAUAAGACUACUGUGUCUUUUAAAUCCUUAUACACCAUUAACAAUGACCUCUGCCCUUUUUUUAAAUAGUGUUUCAGAGCUGUCUAUACUAAAGACUAUAGCUUACCGUCUCUGCCUCAUGUCUGCUACUCCACUUUUCUGCUAUAAUUUGUCCACCUUAUUCCCUCAUUCCACUGUCUGCCUCAUUCAUUGAGGCCUCUCUGCCACUGUUGUUGGAAUCCUGAUACUCUUCUUCUCUUUCUCUGUAAUGUCCUUCAGUACUCUCUGUAGGGUUGGAUUGGUGGCCACGAACUCCCACAAUUCCUCCUUGUCUUGGAAGUAUCUUAUUUCUCCAUUAAUUUUGAGAGAGAGUUUUGACGGAUAUAUGAGCUUUGGUUGCAUAUUAUUUUCUUUCAGGACUUGGAAUAUUUCUCCCCACUCCCUUCUUGACUUAAGAAUUUAUGUUGAUAAGUCUGCUGUUAUUUUGAUAAUUUUCCCAUUGUAGGUAAUCUGCAUCUUUUCUCUGGCUGCUUUUAAUAUUCUGUUCUUUUGGUGGAUUUCUGGAAUCUUGAUUAUUAUAUGUCUAGGCGUAUAUCUGUUUUGGUUGUAGGUAGCUGGUGUUCUGUAUGCCUCUUUUAUCUGGAUAUCAUUUCUUUUUGCUCUACAUAGGAAAUUUUGCUUUAAUAUAUCUGUGAAUAUUCUUGUUAUUUCAUUUUUGGUUGCUCCUGCUUCCUCACUCACAUUCUUUAUUCUUAAGUUAUGUAUCUUUUUGUCAUCUUCUAGUUUUUGAAUUGUUUCUUUCUGGUUCCUUGUUAUUUUUAAGAGGCUUUUUCUUUCACGAUCAUAUGCCAUAAAUCUCUCUUCAACUUUCAGAAAGCUGUCUUUAGUUUCUGUCAAGGCAUUUUGCCAGUGUUCAAUGGAGUUUUUAGUUUCCUGGUAUUCUCUUUGGAUCUGUUUCAUGUAUUCUAAGUUAUGUUUAAAUUCUUCUUCAGAAGUUUCUCUUUCUUUUCUGAUUUCCUCAGUUCUUCCAUCUGUGUUCUCUUGGGCGGGGCUUGUCACUUCUUUAAUUAAUCUCUUUAUAUCUUGCCUUACUUGGAUCAGGAGUACAGCUUUAAAUUCAUCUAUGAGAUCAUGAAGGUAUUUUUUAAUUUCGGCUGAUGCUGUGUCAAGCAAUGGAUGGUUACUGUGCUUGUUCUCUUCAGUGUUUACUUCUCCUGGGCUUAUUUUCUCAUGUUGGGCAGCUGGAGAUUUUUUUUUUUAUUUUUAUCUCUUGUCAUGUUAUGGUUUCUUUCAGACUGUCCUGGGGUUCUCUGGCCCUCUCCGUAUUGCUUAGGGCCUUUCAGAAGCGUGAUGACUUGAGUUUUUGCUGUCCUCCCCAAUUUGCUGUUAUCUGGGGUAGGCUGGGGUGCAGGGGCGGUACAGGCUAGCCUCCAGCCUCUGUGCCAGUCAAUCCGUAAAUUAGGCUGUACUUUCUGGAUGUCACUGAGUUGUGACUAUUUUGUAUCUGCUUAUUGGGCCCCAAGCAGAGGCUUGGUUUAGCCCCAGUAGCUCCUGCCAGUUCUCUCUGUACCAGAAGCAGCUGACAAAUGUCACUAUGGCACAGGGUUCUGCCCAAAUCGCAGCUGUUCUCUUCCAGACCUCUCUGUGACAGGAGCACCAGAACAGCAGAUCUGCCCAAAUCCAAGAUGUCUUCCACUAGUUCUCUGUAUGACACUGAAGCCAGCACAGCUUCAGGCUCUGCCCAAUUUCAAGAUGUCUUCCACCAGACCUCCCUACAGGGGGACUCGGUGAUGUCACCGAGCUGUAGGUUCUGCCCAACUCUAAGAUGUCUGCCGCCAGACUCUCUGUGUUAUUGAUGUCCCCGUGGUGGCAGGCACUGCCCAGUUCCAAGAUGUUCUCUGGCCAACCCCAGCAGUUGCGGGGUCCCCAGUACUCACCAGGGUCCACCGCACACCACGCCACCCGCCCUCCCCGCGCUCCUGGCACAGCGUGGAAAGUUCAGAAAACUGCACAGCGUUUGGCUUUGGAGCUCCAGAGCCUUUCAUGAUCUCCUCUGGUGCAGCGGGGCAGUCCUGGCUGCUUCUCGGGAUUUCAGGUCUCAGUUUCCAGCAGUCACCAAAAGCCAACACAGCUUUUCCUGUUGGGUCUACGGGUCAGUUUGUUGAUUUAAAGGCAUGGGAUUUGCAGCCUCCCAUUAUCAGCCUUCACAGUCUCAGCACGACUUUAAAUCCUCGAGCUGCACUGUCUUGGUUAAUAAAGAAUCAUUAUCCAUUCGUCUGGCCCUUUCCAUGUUGUCAUAUUCUAGCUUCUAAUAUGAUUUCUCCAGAAAGACUCUCCGCCCGAUCCCCUAGCAAGCCACCAUUUUUUUUUUCUCCUCCAAGAAUAACAAUACUCUUGGGGGGCAGGAGGCACCAUGAAUGAUUCACGUAAGUGUUAAUGUAGACCUCGUCUUCUGAAAGUCCAUAGACCGGCUCCCCUAGCCCAGUCGCCAUGGAGCUGGCGCCCCGCUUGGGGUCCGAGGAGCUCCCGGGUGGCUGGACUGCGUCUUUCCUCUGCCUCCGCGGCCGCUCGGUCCCACACACAGUCCCAUGCACGCCCCGCCGGGGAAGCGGACAAGAGCCGGCAGGUGAGAGCGCCGAGCGCGCGCCCGGGCCACUCCAUAAUAUUAAAUUUAAAGUUGACAAUAAACAUUAAAUGAGACAGUGGCCCAACAGAUAAAAUAUAUAAAAUAGUCCAUAUAAUGAUAGUGGAAAACCCUAAAAAGGACAAAAGAACACGAGCUUAAGAUAAUAUGAAAAAAAAUGAUGAAUAAACAUUUAAAAAUAUUCGUCACCACCAAAAUAAAACUGCAAAGCAAGUGACAGAUAAAUAUUUGUGUUUAUCAUUAAAAUUAUUUAAAAAUAGUGCACCAUUUUGAGAAAAUAAAGUAAAAUAGGCACUGUUAUCUCUGUCUCUUUCUAAUACUUAUAAUUUUACCAGAGUUCAGGUUGGCUGUAAAAUUGUUUGAAUUAGUAAUUUUCCUUGUAGAAAUUUAUGUGUGGGAAAUGAUAGAAGCUCGAAUAAUGGCUUUAAUGAAAAAAAUAUUAAUUUUACUCUUAUAGCAGCAAAAUCUAGGGCAGUAUUGACUCAUUAGACACUUAAUGAUCACUUUGGUCACAUUUGGUUAGGGGAUUUUUAAAAAUGACAUUUAAUGAGUUAAGAUGAAAGACUAGAAUAACCUGACUGUGUGCCUAUUACCAGAUAAAAACUAACCAGUGCUGUCACCUGAGCAUUUCUCUGAGGCCAAGCAGUCUCUGAAAGGGCAAGAGGCUGGCAAACCUCAGUGAGACAGUGCGAGGUAUGGAGGAUGGAAAGGGAAGCCCCGAUCUGAGUCCAGUAAGAUUUCUAAACAAGAGAAGGGAGACCUUGGGAGACAGACAGGAUUUGAAGAGAUAACAGCUGGAAUUUUUCCAGUAUUAAUAAAAUAAGUGAUUCCUGAGAUGGAGGGAGCAUCACACUCUGCUAGUGUAAUAAAUAAGAAGAUAUUCAUACGCGCUGUAUGGUUGAAAUGAAAAUUCCAAAUAUAAAGCCAAAAUCAUUUUUAAAAAAUCAGAACAGAAAGAGCACAGUAAUGGAGCAAAAUGUAGAUCUAUGCCUGUUCAAAAUAGUAUACAGUAGCCUCUUCUGGUGUUUAAAAUUACAUUUAAAUAGGUUAAAAAGACCACGAUGAAAAAUUUAAUUUCUCAGCAACACUGAAAACAGCCCAAGAGCUCCGGAGCUUUGGCUCCAGGCAGUGCAGACCCAGAUCAUCCCCAGGGUUGCAGACGGUCCAAUGUGAAAUCCCCAAGUUAGGCCAGAGGCCGGUGUCAGCACAGCAGGACACAGGGGGAUAUCACAGGUAGGUGCGUGUCCAGGAGUCAGCUGCUGUCCCAUCUUGGUGCAGAAUCAGAAGCAAUUUUAGCCCUCCUUCCUCCCUGUUUCCAAAUCCUGGUGAAUGAUUCUACACAAUUCAGUGAGGCGCCCCCAAACUUGUAAGCCACAAGCCCUCUCUGCAUAUUUCAGACGAACGUUUCUGAAGCACAAUGCACUGUAAAGUUUGCAUCUUGUUCAGAUUUUGUUUUGUUUUGCAGCUCUGAUUUUGCCCUUCCUUAAAUUUUUACCGAAUUAUGAGAGCCAUAACUAUUAGCUGGUGUUAUGCCAUCGAAGUGCCAAGUGUGAUCGGACCAGCACUUGGGAAUUUAUGCACAGAUUACUCUGGUUCAUGCAAACCUGUGCUCACCAGGUUGGAAAAGAUGCAGAAAUCAUUUGCUGCUUCUUAAAGCCUCUCAUUCCAUGGAUCUCAAAUUAGAGUCAUUUAAUUCAUAACUGCACCAAUGAGGAGCUACCUGGCAAUCUGUUUUUCGCCUAUUUUAAAUUAAUUGACAGUUUAACCCCACUGAUAUGGAGUCAGGAAAAUAAUGGAAAAAAACAUAUAAUUUUAGGUCAAAGCUAUUGUUUAAAUUCACAAUCGUUCCCAAUUUGGAAGAAGUUCUGCCUAACUGUGACUCUAAGUAUGCACGUGUCAGUGAUUUACCUGCAUACUUACUUACGAGGUGUGAUUAAAAAAUACAGUGAGUGUCUUAAUGUUUAAGUUUAUUCCCGUAAAAAUGCCUGCCCGCGAGUCCUCCUUAUGGGGAUCCCCUUCACUUGGAACCCACUUACUCUGUUGUCCUUGUGGUUUUGGGAAUCUGGUUCAGAGUCCUUUUUCCUGAGUGUCCUUCACUGCUCUUGUGGCAGCCUUGACAUCCUGAAUCCAUUCAAAAUGUUUUCCUUCCAAGGUCAUUUUGACUUUAGGGACUAGACAGACUGUAUCAGACCAAUAAGGUAGACAGAAACAGCGCCAUGUGUUUAGGAGCUGCCUUCCCCUGGGUGGCACUCAGCAGCAGCAUUCACAGUGUUUUUUAUCACACCUCAUGAAAACACUCAGGGAAGACAAUGGGAUGAGCAUGUUUAAGCAAAGUGGAGGACUUUGAAGAGGAUUAAUGGCAAUGUGUCAUUUACAUAUGAAGGUUUGUAAAGAUUUAAAUAUUUGUGGUAUGUCUGAGCAUCCCUCACGUAAUAUUAGCUCUUGUAUAGGUGCGAUGACACUAAUUUCCCUUUUAUUUCAUGGUCUUUCGAUUUGUAUCACAUCAGAAAGUCUUCUAGACUGCUGCAGCCUCUACAGCUCGAGGUCAUCCUUCUGUCCCAGUGGGGCGGGCCAGCAGGUGUUUUGACAUUUCUCCACCAGACAGUCCCAGUGUCACUGAAUCUGGCUUUCCUUGACCAGAGUAUCAUCACAGUGCUGAAAAGCUUACUGCAGGAAGGACAGCAGUGUGGGUCCCCGGUGGGGCUGAUACACAGAGGAUGCAAACCAGGGAGCCUCUGAAUUUAGCUGUGAGAAUUGUAAUGGACUCAAGCCCUGUGCGUUAGUUAUGCUCCCCUGCUGGGUGCUGACCUCAAUUUCAGGGGAUCCCCAGAGCACACGAGUAUAGGGGUGUUCUUAGCUUCAGACUGCACGUGCUCAGUGCAGCCUGUCCACAUGUCACCCCAUGUCUGCUGACGGUGUGGUUUCUCUGCUCUGUGGCAUCUUCCACAUCCUCAUAAGGCUGCACUUUUAGUGGAGAACUUUUGUGUGUAUAAUGUCCUGCUGAUUCCUCACGGAGAUUGUGCCCUUUAAUUUGUUGUUUUUCACUGGCACUUUAUCCUACAGCAUAGAUAUCCUCCCGAGUGCCUGCACUGAUGUGCCAGUAUAACUAAAGUGUCAUAGAUAUUUUGUUUCAUUACAAAGUGGUACUACAAAAAUUCUGAAAUUCCCCUGACAGAAAAAUGUCCCCAAGGAUUUAGUUAAUUAAGAGAAAAUGUUCGGUGCAAAGGAAUAUUGAGAACAAUUACUUCUUUUCCCCGACAUUUAAGUGUAGAAGACGACUUGAGGUCUUGACUUAUUGUAAAUAGAUUUAGAAUCUGUCCCCCCACUUAAGGAUCUUCUCAUACAGAGCCAAGUUUUCGUUAAUGACUAGUAUAGACUGCUGGGGACUGGGCAUGAUAAAUUCCCAAUACAAGACACCAUUUUUGGAUCCAAAUAUAUUAAAUGUAAAAAGCAAUCUCAAGAUGACAGUUCAUGUGAGAGUUUAGAUGUCAACUUCUAAAACUCAGAUUGGAAUUAGAUUGUUGUCUAAGUUCCAUGGCACUUCAGGAAAGUCUGUCUUCGAGAACUUUCUUCUGUUUCCAGGGGUCCUGCUGAAUGGAAACUCAGCAGUCCCCAGCUGUGUGUGGUCCCCAGAUGUAGGAUGGUUCCUUGCUUGGAGCUGUUCUCAUGUCCCCAUGCACAUCCACUAUGCAAUUCUGCGGCCUAAGUAAUGCACUGUGUCAUUCUCCUGGGAUGCUCAGACAUCACAGGUGUGGAGAGGCUGAUGGUGUUGCUUAUAAUAAAUGACCCACACUUUGCAUUCUUCAGGGGCAGAAUCUGUGGCCCCAGAGGUAGAAAGCUUUGAUGUAGUCAUCCAGUAUGACACUUGUGGCAGCUGGGUCUUCUGGCAAUCACUCAUUACUGCAUUUAUUCCUGUUUUUAAAAAAAUUAGUGAAUGUUUCUAGUGUGUGAUGUAUGGAAUCGUGGUGGGGAGUUGUUUCAUGGGUUUUUUUUUUGUGUGUGUUUGUUUUUUUUAUCUUUUUCCUUUGUAUGGGUACCGGGGAUGGAACUUACGACUGCCUGCUUGCAAGGCAGGCGCUUAUGCCACUGAGCUAAAUCCCCAAUGCCGCCCCGUUCAUUCUUAACAGUCUUUUAGAGGCAAAUGUAACACUUGAUUCUGCCACUCUAUUUCUGAUGGGCAUUUGAUGAUACCCAGUUGGCUUAGUAGAUGGUACAUUUCUAAGAACUUAUGGAAGCAGGAAGAUCUUUUUCAAAUGUGAAAGGGGAUAAAUGAUGGAGCAAAGGAAAACAGAGUGGGGAUAAGAGGAAUGGAAAAAAGAUUGAAGAAAAGAAAACACAAGUAGAGAUUUUGCAAGUAGCAAAUGGACAAAAUGAGAAAAUAAUUCAGAUGUGUUAUGCACUUGUACCAGCCCACCACACUGAAGAUAAUCAUUAUGAAUGAGCAAAAAUUACAAAUUAUACAUUUUUCCAGAUUAUCUAGUCUGCUGAUAUAUAGUGGUCCAUAGCACUCUCGUAAUCCUUUUAUUUCUGUGGUUUUACUUUUUCAUCUUUGGAAAGUUUCUAUCUACUACUAGGUUUCUAAAUUUUGUCUCUAGUUUUUGAUUUUGUUAAAUGUUUUGUGCUAUUUCUGUUGAGCUAAUCAUAUUUUUGUCUUUAGCUUCUAAUGUGAGUUAUACAGCUUUAUAUUUUUAACAUUAAAGCACCAUUUUUAUAGACAUCACUUACGCACAAUGUAGUUACAGUUUUAUGCCUGACUAGAGUGGCUUCACUAAACUUAUAUUUAUCAUUUUCAUAUCUAUGCUAUGAAGAGGUGUGCUCUGUUCUUUUCCUAUCUCAUAAUGUCCUUUUCCAUAUUUAAUGUCUUGGUUACACAGGCUUUGAAAAACAUAUUGGAUGUUCUCUACUUUUACAUUCUUGGGGAAGAAUUUGUUAGAAUUCAAAUGUGGAUUUUAAGAACUCAUUACAGAACCUAGCCAGAUGGGAAGGUCCCUGUGCAGCGAUUUAAAAUGGCACAAAAUCUUUCAUAGAUAGAAAAGUACUAAGAUUUUCCUUUUUUGUGUCAGAUUUUAUAUGAUACAGGGUAUAAUUAUUUAUUUUGAAGUUUCGGUGAUAUUUAGAAUUCAUUUGUAAUAUGGGAAUAAUCUAAUCAAUACUCUAGCUCCAAAAUUUCUUGGUAAGAUUUAUCAUUCACACUUCAUUUUAAAAAUUAAAGUAUCUAUGAUGCUGAAGCAAAGAGUGCAUUAAAAAUUAUAUAGACAUAGGGUAUAAGAUAUUGCUUAUAUUUAUUCAAAAAUGUAAACCUUGGUAUAAAUGCCUGCUGUAAAUAUCAUAACUCACAUAGGUGUUUUAAUAUAUUAUAGAUAAUAUGUAGUAUUACCUUAUCACAUUUGUUCAGUAUGCUAAUAAAACUCUUAAAACAUAAAAUGGGGUAUAAAUCAGAAAUAAAUUCACAAGGAUUUAAAGGGAGAAAAAUGGUGUUUCUGUCUAUGUUCGUUAAAAUUUGUGAUGACACACAUUCAGAGAACAUAAAAAUUGUUAUUAGCAUUAAUUAUUCAAUGUAGGAGUUAUGUGGCAACAUUAAUACCUAAAAUUCACAAAAUUUAUAUUUCUAUACAUAGGUAGUAAACAGAAAAGAGAUCAUUUUUAAUGUAUUAUUUCUAACAGAAUCAACAUAUGGGUAAUUAAGAAACUAAUUUACCUAACCCUAACCCUAACCCUAACCCUAACUCACUCCUACAUAUUACCAUACUUGUUAUGACAAAAACAAUGUGAACCAGCCCCUGUGGUUGAACUCACUCCUACAUUUCACCUGCAUGGUUCAGAACCACCUGAACAAGACACCCCUGUUCUAUUAAACUCAUUCCUACAUUUUUCCUUCCUGUUUCUGAUCCUCCCGAUGUGAACCACGCCAUGUUGUUAAACUCACUGCUACAAUUCACCUGUCUCAUUGUGAACAACCCGAUGCAAACAACCCCGUGGUCUGGUGUUGGGAGCCUGCCAUAUUACCCAUGAGAAUAUAGCCACAAGAUGGCGUCCGCCUACCGCCUCGCUGCUCCCCCGCCCAUCGUGUGCCCAAGAUGGCGCACACAUCCUGCUUCCUGGUUCUUGCUCGGCUUACUGUCCCCGCCAUAUAUGGUAAUGAUUGAUUGCUUCCUUGUCGCCUCCCAAUCGCCUGUCCCCACGUGUAAUCCCAUGAUUGGAUAACAUUAGCUAUAUAAGCCCAAGUAUAGGAAGUGCCCGACGCACAACACGUAGGAAGCCGUCAAGGACGGACGUGUAUUGAGGUUGUAGCCCAGUCAAUAAAGGAGCCUGCAGAGACAAAGUGUUCGUGUGCCUCAUUCUGUGGGACAGACGCGGCGCUGGACAGCUGGUGGCCCGUACGGGGAUCUGAAACCAUUUCCGUGCCUUCUGCAGCUCCUGUGACUGUGUUGAAAAACGGUACGUACCUGCGGGUGAGCGGCGGCUUAACCCGGCCCUUGGUGGACGCACUUUAAGGGAUCUACUGGUUGACCCCUUGCGGGGAUCGACAUUGCCCGAAAAAGAAGGGCAGGCCUCUGUUGGUUAUUGCGCCUCGGGGCUCUUUAAUUUUGUUAAGAUGGGCAAUGUUAACUGCGGCCCCCUCGCCUUAUCGCUGUGGUUGUUACUUAAGGCGUGAGGGAUUAGGAUAGAUAAGCAAACGGUGCUGCAGUUUUUCGAAUGUAUCGAUGGUUUGGCCCCAUGGUUUCUGCCCACCGGAUCCCUCACUUUACCCUCCUGGGAGAAGUUAGGAUGUGAUAUUCAGUUUGCUGAGGAACAAGGGAUGGGUGUCGACCCUAUGGUCCACCCCAUAUGGGAGAUGGUUCGGGCAUGUCUUAAAGCCGAAAGCAUGGUAGGCGCAGCUCAAGGGCUUAAGCAGGUGCGCCAUGCUUUCAAGCGGGCACGCUCAGAGAGUUCCAGAGGGGCCUCUGAGGCUGGUUCACCGGAUCGCUCCUCAGAUUCAGAAGGGGAGGGCCCCCUGACAGGCCCAAAAGGGGAAGACGGCGGCAAGACAUGCUCGCACCAUGAUACAGGACAGGAGACUAAUAAGCCCUCUAGAACCUUAUGUAAAGGGUUGAUGGAGAGCUUAGAGGAAGAGCUCGAGAGAGCGGAGAAUGAUAUACAGGAAGUACAUACCCCAGGCGGGACGAGACCAACCCCAUCUGCCCCUCCCUGGGAGCCACCCCAGGAAGUGAGCGCACCUGGAGGCUGGGGGCCGCCCCCUCCCUUCCCUGCAACACUUCCAUCCUCCGGACGCCGCUCAUUUCAUGGUCGCUUGUGGGACGUCCUGCGUAGGGGCCUUGCCUCAUAUGACAUCCCCGGUUUCUAUCCGGUCUUUCAAGACCAGGCCGGCGCGCCUUAUUAUCAGGCCCUGGACAUGAAAGUGGUUAAGGGAUUAAAAGAGGCAGUUUCUACCUAUGGCCCCAAUGCUCCGUUCACACAGGCUCUUUUGGAUAAUAUAGGAACCACCCCUUUGACACCCUCAGAUUGGGCACAGCUUGCAAAGGCAUGUUUGUCUCCAGGCCAAUUCAUGGACUGGAAGGCUUGGAACGACGAGUAUUGUGGGGAGCAAGCCGAAAAGAACGCUAGGGAGCGCAAUGCUAGAUGGAACAAGGAUAUGCUACUAGGUCAGGGAGCCCAUGUGCAAGAUCAAAUCCGGCACCCUCAGGCAGUUUAUGAUCAAAUUACCAAGUGCGCUAUUGCCGCUUGGAAACAGCUUGCCAAGCCAGGCGAACAUACCGCCUGUCUUACUAAGAUUGUGCAAGGGAUGACAGAGCCAUUCUCUGACUUUGUGGCCAGGAUGCUAGAUGCCGCCGGCAAGGUCUUCCCUGACCUCAGUGUGGCGCAGCCCCUGGUAAAGCAGCUAGUCUUUGAGCAGUGUACUAAGGACUGUCGUGCAGUCAUUACACCACAUAAAAACAAGAGUUUAGAAACCUGGACCAAAUUAUGUAGAGAAGUGGGGGGACCAUUCUCUAAUUCAGGUCUUGCAGCCCUGGUGGGCGCUUCAAUUAAUGCGGCCCUCGGCUCCCGCCCUCCAGCAACACAACAGCAGAUGCAAAAGAGUAAAAAAUGUUUUGAGUGUGGCCAGCCGGGACAUGUCAGGAGGUUCUGCCCAAACAAAGAAGGUAAAGGUACCGCUUCUCAACAAUAUGGGACAUCUGAUGUGGGACAAGCGGGCCUUUGCCAACGGUGCCGCAAGGGCCAUCAUGCUGCUAAGGACUGCCGCUCCGUUUUUGAUAAGGAGGGCAAUUCUCUGACUGGCCGUAAAGACUCACAGCCAAAAAACGGCCAGAGGGGGCCCUCCUACAAGGCGGGCCCCCUUUCCCUCAGCAGCCCCUUUCCGGGAGUGAACAGCCAGUCAGGGCUACCCCAGGGUCAGCAGGAGUGGACCUCUGUGCCGCCUCUGGACUCAUACUAACACCUGAAAUGGGAGUCCAAUUGAUAGAAACUUCAUUUAAGGGGCCCUUACCACCAAAGACUGUCGGCCUCCUGCUGGGACGCUCCUCGGUUGCCCUCCGUGGUCUUACGGUCGUGCCCGGUGUUAUUGACUCUGAUUUUCUGGGUACAGUUAAAAUCAUGGUGCAGUCUUUACAGGGGACACUGAUCAUCAAUAAAGGAGAUAAGAUAGCUCAGUUACUCAUCCUACCUAGCCUGCAUGAUCAAUUUCCUGCUUGAUUUUAUUAUAUAUUAUGAGAUAUAUGCAUGAGCAGCUAUUUCAAGGAUGACAGGAAAUAUGGUAGCCACUUUGGAUUUACUAUUAUCUUGUGUGGUAGUCCUUUAUUGCUGUUUUGCUUUUAUUAGUUCUAUUCUGUCCUCUUUUGUUUGAUUUUUAUACUAUGUCUGAAGGUAUGGGCAGCUAUUUUGAAGAUAACAGGCAUUAUGGAACGACUGUUGAUUUCCUAUUACCUUGUUUUGAAGUUCUGUAUCACUUACACUGUUUUGUUUUGAUUGGAUUUAUUGCCUUUAAAAUGAAAAUUACAAAAAAAAAAUUAUGGUCAAGUACUUCUAUAUAUGUUGUAUAGUUUUAAGAUACAUAAAAUUCUUGAGAACUUAAUUUGCUUAUUUUAAAAGGCAAUUUACUUGAUUUUCAAGAGUUGUUCAGGUGCUUGGGGAGAAUUUGUUCAUUAAACUUAAAGUAUUGUCAAGCACCGUGAUGCAUCUGUGAUUCCAACACCUCAGGAAGUUGAGGUAGGAUUUCAAGCCCUGUGUGCUCAACUUAGUGAGACCUUAUCUCAAAAUAAAAAAUAGGGAUAUAGCUUAGUGCAAAGCCCUAGGUCCAAUUUCAAGUAACAAGAACAACAACAAAAACUGUCUGUCUGUCUGUCUGUCUGUCUGUCUGUCUGUCUAUCUAUCUAUCUAUCUAUCUAUCAGUGUUUCCUGAAUGUCUGUCUAUCUAUCUAUCUAUCUAUCUAUCUAUCUAUCUAUCUAUCUAUCUAUCAGUGUUUCCUGAAUGUUUAAAAGAACCUGCUUUUUUUUUUUGGAAAUAGGAUCUUACAGUAUAGAUCAGGUUGGCCUUGAACUUCCAGUAAUCUUCCUGCUUCAGCCUCCCAAGAGCUGGAAUUACAAGUGUGCAGUACCAUACCUGGUUCAAUUUCUUUUAAAAAUUCUAAAGAAACAUAUAAACUAUUCAUGUAAUAUGAAAUACUAGGAAUGACAGUAUGCUAAAUAUGAUAAAAUAUUAGUGACCAAUUACUUUCUAUUUCUACAAAAAACAUGAGAUUCAAAGAUCUAUCAACAUACUGGUUCAGUUUUAAAAUCUGAAUGUUAAUUAAAACAAAAUUAUUGCCAAUGUUCCUACUGUACUUAAAAUGUUCCCUCAGAUACUCAAAAAAAAAAAAAAAAUACUAGCAGUUUUAGUGCCGGGUUUUAGUUUCAAUUUUAAUAUGAUGAGCCACUCAUUCAAUUAAUAAUACUAAAGAACAAAGACUCCAUUUCAUUAUACAAAAUUUGUCAGAUUUUCAGCUCUCAAAGCUUAGGUUUUGAUAAUAUAUGCACAUUCAUUUUUCUGAAGGCAGCAUUGAGAAUUACUUACAUAUAACACAUUAUGAAUAAAAAUUAAGUAAAUUUUUACCUUAUAAGAAUAGCUAAUACAAAAAUAACCUGAGAAUAAAUCCUUUCAUUUUAUGUAGUAUGCUAUUUCAAGAAAGGAAAUGAAAAAUCAAUGUUAGCAAUAAUAAAAAUACAUUAAUAAUAGCAUUUCUGGUUUUCAAAAAUUAAUGCCUAUUUGACUAUGUUACAUGAAAAUACAGGAUAAUAUUUUAACAAAUUCAAAGCACAAACAGAAUGAAAUGUUGAAUGAGUAACAUUGUAGGAAUUAAAAUCAAUGAUAACACCCAACUUAUAAUUGUGCUCCUAUAAAACACUGUUAUUUCUACUAAUAAAGCAUUUGUCACUAUACCUGGUUAUAUAAAUGCCUCUCCUCUUUUACUAGAUUGCAAAAAUUUAGGGACCCAAAAGAGAUAGUCACCAUUCUAUAUAAAAAACCAGAGGUGGUAACAGUAGCUAAAAUAUAUGUUGAAUUAAAUUAUUACAAAAAUAUUUACAAAAAUUAUUACAAAAAUAUUAAUUAUGAAAAUCAAAAGACUGACUUAAUACAAUUUAUUGGGGAAAAUGGUUUUAAAGAAAAUCUAAAGCAUUUUACUGAAAAACGGAAAAAAUGGGCUGGGGAUUUAGCUCAGCGGCAUAAGCACCUGCCUUGCAAGCAGGCAGUUGUGAGUUAGAUCCCUGGUCCCGGUAAAAACGAAAAAGACAAGAAAAAAAAAAAGGGAAAAAAUAAACAGCUGGCAAAAUAUAAUGCAAAAUACAUUAUAGUUUCAUUGCUACCAACUGAUUACUUCUUUAUUGCUUCAGAGUUCUGGCUUAUUUACCAGUAAUCACUGUCACUCAAUAAAGAUGAGCUUUUACUCUAGUUUUAAAAUUUGAUUAUUCAUGGAAAGCAUAAGGUAGAUGGAUGGUGCUGUUUUAUUGUAUUUGCCUAAAAUUUGUAUUUUUAUUUACAUGUAUUAACAUUGAAAGUUUUGAGAGCUGUAACUUAAAACAGCUAAAAUAUAAGUGAAAAACAUGAAGUAUAUACUCAAUAUAUUCUUAAGAAAUGAUAAAUUUCUUAAGUGAAUUUCUACCUUCUUUACAGCUUACUUAUCCUUGCUUUUCUAAGAAUUAAAUUGUAUUUCUCAAGUCAAAGAUUUUGUUCCUAUGAAAAAGUGAACACAAUAUUCCUACAAAUAACUUGUGUCCAAAAUAAAUUUACUCUGAAUAUGUAAAAACUAAAAAAA